UAGGCUGGAUUGUGAUAGCGACAGAUGUCUAGAAAACUGUGAGCGGGCACUCCUCACUUACAACACAGUCCUACACUGAACCUCGGAGAGCAGGGGCGGAAUCUGCAGCUGUCACUCCAAAGGUUUACCUCUAUUAUCACACAUCCAGCCGGACCUUGGAGAAGAAGAGGCACAAGUGAUCACUCUGUGGAAAUAACCUACAGGAGAGACCAUGGGAGGCAAACUGAGCAAGAAGAAGAAGGGAUAUGAUGUGAGCGACCCAAAAGAUGCUAAAAAUGAGGCCCCAGCAAAAGCUGCAGUUGCAGAGGAGUCUGCUGUAGUGGAGGCUGAAGCCGCACCUACACAAGAAACGUUGCCAGCUGAAGCAAAUAAUGUAGUAGAGGAAUCUGUGGGGUCAGCUGUGGCAGCAACAACAGAAGCUGUACAAGCUCCAGAAGAGCCCAAAUCUGCACCUCCAGAGGAACCAACCGCUCCAGUAGAAGAACCAGUUGCUCCCUCUGAUGAACCAGCUCCAGUAGCAGAAGAACCAGUUUCAGCAGCUGUGGAGACCGCUCCUGUGGUAGAGGAGGUAGCGGUAAUUGCAGAAGAACCAGCUGUAGCAGUUGAAACAGCUCCUGUAGCAGAAGAACCAGCGGCAGCAGUUGAAACAGCUCCUGUAGCAGAAGAACCAGCGGCAGCAGUUGAAACAGCUCCUGUAGCAGAAGAACCAGCGGCAGCAGCAGAGGAGGUAGCUGCAGUUGCAGAAGAAUCAGCUGCAGCAUUAGAACCAGCUGAUGUAACGGAAGAACCAGCUGCAGCAGUGGAGGUGGAAGCUCCAGUUGCAGAAGUACCAGCUCUAGUAGCAGAAGAACCAACUGCAGCUGCACAACCAUCUCCAGUAGAAGAACCUGCUGUAGCUGCAGAGGAGGUAGCUGCAGCAGCAGCAGCAGAGGUGUCGGCCCCAGUAGUAGUAGUAGUAGAAGAACAAGCCCCACUAGAGCUCCCACAGGCUACAGUAACAGAACCAGACAUCCCAGAACCUGCACCUGAAGAACUCCCUGUAGAAGAACCAGUUGCAGUUGUCGAAGCUGUUUCAGAGCCAGAAAUUAUUCCUGCCAGCACAGAGGACCAAGAGCCCAUCCAAGAGAUUGUUACUGAGCCAGAAGUAAUUGUGGUGGAGACAGUAUUGCCUACUCCUGUCCCUGAACCAGAGGCAGUGGCUGAACCAGAGCCAAUCGUUGAGCCAGUGCAAGAACCAGAGCCAAUCGUUGAGCAAGUGCAAGAACCAGAGCCAGAGCCAGAGCCAGAGCCAGAACCUGUACCAAAGCAAGCUGAGCAAGUACUCGAGCUGGAGCCUGAGCAAAAGGCUGAUGCAUUGGAAUCUGCAGCAGAAGUUGAAGUGGUUGUGCCGGUACCAGUAGUAGCCACAUCUGACAUUACUGAAGCACCCCAGGUAUUGGAGACUGCUGCAGCUGAGGUCCCCCUUGAACCUCAGCCUGUGGAAGAGCCAUCCAUUGCUAUAGAGGCCUUGAGCACUGAGGCGGCAGCUGAGCCAGAAGCAGCAGAACCUGUCCCUGAGAUUGUCAUCUCUGAGUCCAUCUCUACAAGCGAAAUUUGCGAAAUUUCCACAGAGGUAGCUCAAGCCCCCGUGGAAGAGGUACCUUUCCCAGAGCCUGAGGUAGAAACCAAGAUGGAAAAUGGGAAUUUAGAGAGCCCUUCUAUUACAGAGGAUGUGGUGCAAGUAGAAGCACUCCCUACUGUGAAUGGAGAUUGUACAGAUUCUGCUUCCACACCGGUGGAGGAAUGCAUAAAUGGUGGUGAGGAGACGCCAACCAAGCAGCAGAGUGACAUUGAACUGAAAAAGGAGGUGAACCUGAGUGGGGAUGUCCAGGAAGUUCCAGAUUCAGUCCCCGACAUAGUGGAGCCUCUCAGCACUGAGGUCACCCAGGCAGUCUGAAGCGAAUCCAUCAUUCAAAUCAGUGUGAAUUCAAUUGAAUCCCCUGAUGGCAAGAGAGUCAUCAAGGUAUCACAAACACAGCUAGGCUUUCUGGAAUGCUGUAACCACCGCAAUGUCUAUAAUGGUAACUCAGGCAAAAGGAUGUUUUCUGUCGAGUAACCAAAAAUGAAAUGCAACCACUUGAGGAUUGAAACAGAGAGGGAGAGACAGAUAGCGAGAUAGAGGAAGUUAAAGAUGUGUAGAGAGGAGAGUUGAGUUUGAAGUUUGAGGGUGAGUGUUGACAAACUGUGAAACUGGAUAGCAGAGCAAAAAUACUGGACAGUAAAUAUAAUUAUAAUUAAAAGAAGAAAAAAAAGAUAAAAUCUGUCUUUGUGUGUGAGCCCAAUGAAUAUUAUGAAGUGGUCUAUUGGAACAGCAUUCAUUAUUAGUAUGUUAUCUGAUUUAGAAUGUCAUAUAUCCUUUCUAUAACUAUAUGCAAAGUCAUGGCAUAAAUGUUUUGGCCUUUUAUAACAAUGGUACCUGUGAGGAGUGUUCAUUUGAAACUGAUUGUUCGGAAUAGAGAAUAAAAAGAGAUUGUUAUAGCCUAAA